AUGGCAGGAGCAAUCAUCGCAACAAUUUUCUCUCUCCUCGUGGUAUCCGCCAUAGCUCAAGCUCCCACCGGAGCUCCUGCAGCAUCUCCGAUGUCACCACCAACUCCCGUCGCAACUCCUCCAACAAUGACCGCUACUCCUCCAACAAUGGCCGCUACUCCACCGACCAUGGCCGCUACUCCUCCUACCAUGGCCGCAACUCCCACCGCAACUCCCGCCGCAUCUCCUCUCUCUUCACCACCAUCUCCACCAGCUGAAGUUCCCUCCGCCGCCGGUCCCGGUCCCGCCGCCGGACCAGGAGCCGCCGCUGGUCCAGGUGUCGCCGGAGGUCCUGGUAUGAGCCCAAGCGCUGGUCCCACCGCUGACAUCUCAAGUGGUUUCAGAACCGCCAUUGCUGGUGGAUCUGCUGCCGCAGUUGUUUUGGCUACCGUGUUGAUGUUCUAG